UUGCGUGAGAGGAUUUUGAGAGUAGAGUUGCAGAGAGCGAGAGGAAUCUUGAAUACUUGGGGUUUUUUCCACUUCGGUAUUUGUCACAAUUUGAACUCAUUGCUCCAUAUUUCAGAAAUUAUGAAUAAUGCUGCUGAAAGGCCACUAAAUGGAGACGUAGAGGAUGACGACGACGACGAUGGUGCAGACCUUGAAGCCUGGGAGAGAACUUACGCAGAAGAUAGAUCAUGGGAGGCUUUGCAGGAGGAUGAAUCUGGACUUCUUCGCCCCAUUGAUACUACAGCCAUUUACCAUGCUCAGUAUCGCAGACGCCUUCGUAACCUUGCUGCCACUGCGGCUACUUCACGAAUUCAGAAGGGGCUUAUACGAUACCUGUACAUUGUCGUUGACCUGUCUAAGGCAGCAUCAGAGAGAGACUUCCGACCAAGUAGGAUGGCUGUGAUUGGGAAACAGGUUGAGGUAUUUAUCAGGGAAUUCUUUGAUCAGAAUCCACUUAGUCACGUUGGUCUGGUGACUAUAAAAGAUGGGAUUGCUAAUUGCAUAACAGAACUUGGUGGCAGUCCCGAGUCCCACAUCAACGCAUUAAUGGGUAAACUGGAUUGCUCAGGUGAUGCCUCCUUACAAAAUGCACUAGAGCUUGUUCUUGGAUGUCUAAAUCAAAUCCCAUCAUAUGGUCAUCGAGAAGCUCUUAUCUUAUAUUCGGCUCUCAGUACGUGUGAUCCUGGUGAUCUCAUGGAAACCAUUCAAAAAUGCAAAAGGAGUAAAAUAAGGUGCUCAGUCAUCGGUCUUGCUGCUGAGAUGUUUGUAUGUAAACAUCUCUGCCAGGAAACUGGCGGGACUUAUUCUGUUGCUCUAGACGAGUCCCACUUUAAAGAGUUGAUCCUGGAGCAUGCACCACCACCUCCAGCAAUAGCAGAGUAUGCUACUGCUAAUUUAAUUAAGAUGGGUUUCCCACAACGGUCAGCUGAGGGUUCUGUCGCAAUAUGCACAUGUCAUGAAGAGGCUAAGGCUGGAGGGGGAUACACUUGUCCAAGAUGCAAAGUUCGUGUCUGUGAGCUUCCCACUGAAUGUCGAGUCUGUGGAUUGACCCUUAUUUCUUCACCCCAUUUGGCAAGGUCAUACCAUCAUCUAUUUCCUAUUGUGAUGUUUGAUGAGGUCUCUCCAUCUCAAAAUGAUUCUAGCCGCAGUUUUCCUAAUACUUGUUUUGGUUGUCAAGAAAGUCUUCUAAGUCAGGGUAAGUUUAUUCCUACAUUUCCAUUUCUGGUGCCUGUACAAAUUUAUAUUGUUGGCUCACAUAUUAUGUCUACUAUGUACUAUAUACACAUACCCCUUUACAUGUGAUACGAUGGUAAAGAUUGCAAAUAGGUCUGUAAUUUCAUAGGGCUUUAUAUAAGGUCAUAAAUUGGUAAUGGAAGUUGUUUCGGAUAUCAUUCUGUUUAAAUUGGUUUGUAUAUGUAUUGUCUUAUAAUAAAAGGACCUAACCAUAGUAAAAAAGAUUAGCAAUAGUAUUUUUGAGAGAUGGGGUUUAAUAUUUUUAACGUAUCCCAGCGUGAAAAUUCAACACUACUUCCAUUGUGCAGCCUAAACGGAUGAAAGGAAAAUAUCAUAUCUGUGAUAAACAUCCAUAUUAACCACCCAGAGCAUUGAAAACUGCAACAUAUUAUUACCUGUAGAGUUCUUCCCUCUGACUGUGGUGGCUUAAGCUUUUUAGACGGCAGAUAAACUAUUUUUUGUGCAAUAUGCUUGAUACAGUGUGUCGAAAUAUAUUCAUAUCAACUAUGAUGUUAUGUGCGUGAUAAUAGCUAAUACUUUUUAACUUGACGCAAAAGCCUUGGCUUUCUGUAAUCAUGUUGAUGCGUCUAUGCUUCAAGCAAGAAUUGCUGAAGUUAUGUAAUGGACCCCAAAUUUUAAAUAACGAUGUGUGUGUUUUAAGCUCUUAUUACAAGUUUACAAUUACCAAAGAAUUUGAAUUUUUUUGAAGUAACAUUCGAUGUUAAGUGCUUAUGAUCAUAUUUCAUGAAUAUAUGACAGAAGAUAUUGACUUCUUUUGGUUAAGGUAUUUAAGCUUUGUGUGAAAUUGAUUGGUUUACUGACAGACGCCCACUGCUUAAAAUAUUCAGUGAAGGCUCUAAAAUUCCUUUUCAAUUUUCUUUUUUCUUCCAAAUAGUAUUGCAUGUACAAUAUGUUCUUGCUCAGUUUUCGUAAACCCCCACUAUGAA